GGGCUUUAGAAAUUUUUUAUUCUGUAAAUAAGCCGACGGAACUACUGUGGUGGGCGGUGUCAGACGUCAACGGAAACGGAAGUGAAUGAAUGAAACGACGCUGACAUGUAACCUCUCCAUGCAGCUGGUACGAGACGCCUCACAUUUGCCCCACAAUGAGACGGUUUAGCUUCUCUGUUCUCCGCCACAUCUCCUCAUACGGCGUGCCCGCGCUCACCGGGACGUGCCACCUUCACAGAGGGCUCUGCUUCAUUGCUUCACGCCCUGCUUACCGGAGCAUCAUCCCGGCUCUCAGCUGCCAGCACAGGCGGAGUGAGAGCACAGCAGCCAGCCAGCACAUACAGGACCUGAGUGGGCCUGAGCAGAGACUGCUGAAUAAACUUUAUGAUGGGCUGAUCGGAGGACAGAGGGCAUCUCUGGCAGAGUGCAUCACUCUGGUGGAGACCCAGCAUCCCAGAAAGAAGGAGCUUGCUCAGGUGCUGCUGCAGAGGGUUCUGGCUUACAGGAGGGAGCAGGAGAGCCGUAAUGGAGGGAAGCCAGUGGCAUUCAGAAUAGGUCUGUCCGGCCCCCCUGGAGCAGGGAAGUCCUCCUUCAUCGAGGUGGUGGGGAAGAUGUUGACAGGACGUGGACAUAAAGUUGCAGUGCUGGCUGUUGACCCGUCCUCCUGCACUACAGGAGGGUCUCUGAUGGGCGAUAAGACUCGAAUGACUGAGCUCUCAAGAGACAUGAACGCUUUCAUCAGGCCAUCGCCGACCUCGGGAACACUCGGAGGUGUCACCAGAACAACCAAUGAAGCCAUUGUUCUCUGCGAGGGAGCAGGUUACGACAUCAUCCUCGUAGAGACUGUAGGUGUCGGCCAGUCAGAGUUUGCAGUGGCAGACAUGGUUGAUAUGUUUGUGUUGCUGAUCCCACCAGCAGGGGGCGAUGAACUCCAGGGUAUCAAGAGGGGCAUCAUUGAAAGGGCCGACUUGGUGGUGGUGACAAAGUCAGAUGGAGACCUGAUGGUGCCGGCCAGGAGGAUCCAGGCUGAAUACACCAGUGCACUCAAACUACUCAGGAGACAGUCCAAAUCCUGGAACCCUAAGGUGGUGCGUGCCUCCUCGCAAACCUUCGAGGGCAUCCCAGAGGUCUGGGCCAAGAUGGAAGGGUACCGGGAGGCCAUGUUGGCCAGCAGUGAGCUGCAGGGCCGGCGGAGGGCCCAGCAGAAGGUUUGGAUGUGGAGUCUGAUCCAGGAGAGUGUCCUCUGCCAUUUCCAAAAUCACCCCAGUGUCAGAGAGGCUCUGCCCCACCUUGAGGAGAGGGUCACCAAAGGAGCCAUCUCUCCAGGACUGGCUGCUGACCUGCUUCUCAGAGCCUUCUCUUCAUCCUCUUCAUCAUAGUAAUCACUGGAACUGCACUUUUUUUGAUAAGGACAAAGGCCUCAUAGCUGAUCAGGGUCACUCAUUGAAAAGGAACGCAGGGGAGAGUGAGAAUAUGACCUUGACUCUGUGGUUUGCACAAAAAGACAGAGGCUUUGCUCUUUUAACAUUUGAUUUUAAAAUUUAAAAACGUGAGAGUCGCCCCCUCUACAGACUUGAUUUUCUGAUUGCUUUCAUCCAAAUCACAAGAGCAGGAGAGUGCUGACAGUUGUCACUUCUCAUCCGCGGCUUCAAGACACACUCACAUUUGGCAAAAAUGAAGCAUUUCAUUUGAGCUGUGAGAAAAGGAAUGCUGAGACUGUCUUUUUAGACACUACAGACACUCGAACAGUUUUAAUGAGAUUAGUGAAGGAGGAUUUUAAAGGUCAUGUUGUUACAGUUGAAGAAUAGUUUGAGCAAUGCCUUUCACUUUCAUGAACAGUGUGUUACAGUAAAGCUGUGACUCGUUGAGGCCAUUAAAUAACGGCAUUACAAAUGCCGUGAGCCAUUUUUGCUGGCACUUUUCCUCACGAUCAAUAAUAACAUCCUAUUUGUGAACCAAAAAGUGUUAAUGAAAGGAUCGGGCUUGGGGAGAUUUGAUUUGUUAGGGCCACUUGUUUCUGUUGCUGAAUUAUUGAAGAUGUUGCUGUAAUAACAAAUUUUCCUUGAAAGCA